AUGUCAGAAAUCUCAUAUACAGCUGUCACUCUGGCAGAUGAGGAUAAAGAAAUCCCCCUUAUCCGUGAGCUCAUGACCAAAGAGCUCUCAGAACCUUACACUCUUUACGUCUAUCGCUACUUUAUGUACUCUUGUCCUGACCUUACAAUCAUGGCUCAUGAUGGUAAUACACUUGUUGGUGCCAUUGUAUGCAAUAUUUCUUCUCACAAAGACCGCCGCCAGCGUGGAUACAUUGCAAUGAUUGCAGUGUGUGAUGAAUACCGAGGCCGUCACAUUGGGUCCAAGCUUGUGGCAGCUGCUGUUACUGCCAUGAAGGCUCAAGGUGCUGAUGAGGUGGUUUUGGAAACUGAAACUGUUAACAAGGCUGCCAUUCGCUUGUACGAAAACUUGGGAUUUUUGAGAUCUAAACGACUUUACAAGUAUUACCUAAACUCAAAUGAUGCUUUUAGACUCAUUCUUCCAUUGACGGAAAAAAGUACCAUGCUGACAAGGAUGAUGGUCGAAUAA